GAAGAGGAACCACCCUGGCCUUGCCCCUUUAUAAAAUUUGGGUUCAGAAUCAUCAGCACCUGGGGAUGGUGCUCAGGGAAUGUUGUCCCUCUUGUAGUUAAAGCAAGAUGCCCUCUGUGGGCAAUGGGGGUUGGUGCCAGGGACCAACCCUUCUCCAUAUGCAGGAGAUCUGAGCACAGGACAUGGGGUUAAAGAAUUAUCUGCACUGGGUAAAUCUUGAUGAUGGAGCAGACCUGGGAGCUACUGCUUGUGCUUAAAGAACACAGAAAAAAAAUAUAUAUAUAUAUCUACGAGUAAGGUUCUGAAGUGGUGCUGACCUUUCCACCCAUCUCCUUCCCUUUCUCUUCCCCUGGCAGCUUCCCUGCCCACCUCCAUCCCCUGCACUGCCCUCACUGAAUUCCCACUCCUGUCCCAGAGGGCAUAUUCUGUAAUCACAUCAGCUCCAAAGGAUGUUAAGGGAAAACUGAAAAGCUUUCUAAUAAUGAAUAAACCCAGGGGGAUUAUGUGCCCUGACCCAUCUAGAAAUUAUACGUGAGCAGACUGAAAAUGCAAACUAAUACAUUAAAGAGAAAGACUGGGAGAGGAUUUAUCAGCCCAGCUCCGUGUCCUGCCCUUGGCUGUUCCUGGUAGAGAUAUUUCAGGUCAAGGUGGAAGAAACUCCAUGGAACAUCCCUAUGGAGUGUGUUGGCCCCACUCUGGGAGAAUCCCCCUUAACCUUGGCUCAUGGUGAUGCUCAGCACCACAUUGCAUCAUGGCUUCUGUCUUUUAUCAUGUCAGUUGGUAUCUAACCUAAUUUGGGGAUGGAGAGCCUCCUUAAAGGGCCUUCCCAUUAAAAGCCAUGUGUUUUUAUGACUGUAGAAAUUCCCCCCAUCAACUCCCUCCUUACUUUUUUUUUUUUUCCUCUUGCCCCUCCUAUCUCAUCCUCCCCAGUGUAAAAACCCCUUUGUGCCUUUCACUACCAGCUUUGGGCAGGCACUAAUCCUGUCUGUCUGCCCUGAGGGGAAGUGGCCAGCACCAAAAUUAGAGCCCAGCUCUAUUCCUUAAGGGUACUUUUGUAUAUAUCUUCUGUGGUUUCUCAUCCCCCUGCCUAACACAACCAGCUCAGAGUGCUGAGCCAGCAUUUCCUCAUCUGCCCAGCACAGCCUUGGGCUCUUGCCGUAUUUUUUUUGAUUCAAAACCCACUAAAGUGCAUGAAAAUCUCAGGCUACACCCUCUCACACGCACUGCUUUUCACUGCUCAGCGUUUCAAUUAACCUGUCGGCAGGCUUUUCAUUAGCGUGCCUUCGUUAAGUCCCAGUGCAGCCUCCCUGGCCUCAGCCAGCGGAUAUUACUCUCUGCUCUCUGUAAAAAUUUUCCACUUGACUGUUCGCCCUUUCCCCUGCAUCAUUAACAAAAGAUUUCAUCCUAAAAUGGACUCUCAGGGAUGUCCUAUUAUUAUAUUAUUUAUAUGUCGAGAAUGAACUCUUGAUUCCAUUUCUUCUUUUCUCCAUCUUAAUAAGCUUUUAAUACACUGCGGAAGCUCGACAAUCCCCCUUUGGCAAUUGAGUUUUCUUAAAAGCCUCUUUGAUGGCCUUUAUCAAAAAGCACUCAGGAAAAUGUAUUAACUGUUCUCCAUUAUCCACUGUUUUGUUGACUUAUCAUGAGACAAUUUUUUUUCCCCAUAUAUUAGGAGCAUGCAGACAGUUUUUUACUCUGCCUUUAAUUAUUAUUUCAGUUUGCUUGCUGCGUACCACGGCAGUUCCUGAACCUGAAUGGAUCCUUGCAAACAUGUUCAGUUGAACCAUGUAUUUACCGAAAAAAUGCAGGUGUUAAUUAAGACUAGUUGCAAAUACACCAAAAAUACAGGAAAUAGCUCCGGAAAAAACCCUCUUCUGACAUGUGAAAAUGUGUUUCCUUCUGCAGCUUUAAAUGAAACACUGCUUUCCUCUUUUCAAGCAAUAUAUCAAGAUUAAGUGUAAUUUUAACCUGAUUCCCGCAUUGUAUUAACGCGUUUCUAGGGAAAAUGUCUUUCCAAUGGCAACGAGCUCAAGCUAGAGGGGGAGGAAUGUCCUUUUUCAGGCUGCUAUUCUUCUGCAAAGAAACCAAAUGAAUUAAUAUACCGUUUGGGGCUUUCCCAUACACAUUGCCCUCCUCCUCAACAAGCAUAGAACUGGCUGGUUGUACCCUCCUACAGCUUUUUAGAGAGGAAAUGGCUGAGUGUCCUCCAGGGCUCUCUUGUAAGAAGGGGUUUUGGUGCUAAUGUACUGAGGGGUCCCAAAGGAACUGGGUUGGAGAGAUGCCCACCUGCUCAGAGAUCUCCCUCAUCCCAGGGAUGGCAUGCAGUAGCCCAUGGCCUUGUCCCUGCUCCUACAGGAUGCUUUUGACAAACAUCCUCCCUUCAAAAAUGGCCAGUUCCUGCUAGUGCAAGGGCAUCUCUUUCAAUAAAGUAGUAAGAUGGGGUUGAGCUGGUGAUCCUAUUCCUUGGUUAAGGUAGGGUCUCAUCUUACUCAUCACUUCAAAAUGAUAUGAAGUGCUCUAGAGGGAUGCAGUAAGGUACCCAUCAGAGGCAUUUCAAGACAAAUCAUGUAAAACCAGGCUGGGAUCACAGUGCACAUCCAAGGGAAAUUUGCUGGACAUAAUUUUUCAUGUGAUGGGCGCUCUUUCUCUUUCCUCGUACACCUCCAAGGGAUGGGCUUUUUUGAAGGGAAGUCACUAAAGUUGUUAUAGUGAAGCAGAGAGCCACACCCACAUCUUUUCCUUUUCUCUAGGUCCUGUUGUGCGAGGCCAGCUCUCCAGGCAGCUCUCCAGGCACUUCAGCCUCCCAGGCAGCUCCUGGCUCAGCCUGCCUGUUCCCCAGCCUUUGGAAACAGAGCAGAGCCCUAAAAAACACAUGUCUUCUUCUGAGCCCAUCCUGGACCUCAAGACAGACACAACAGAAGCACUUCCAGCCCGCAGUGACCCUGAGGAGCCCAGACCAGACCCGGGGAUGAGGCAGGACCCCGCCAGCCCCCUGCGUGGGUGUGAUCCUGCAGCCUCCAGCACCAGCAGUCACAGUGAGCUCAGUCCUGCUCCAUCCGCAGGUGAGAGCAUCCCGGGCAGAGACCCCAGGUCAGAGCAGGGGGAUCCCAGCCCUGCGGACUCCUUGCCAUGUCCAGAAGCCCCUGAGGAGUGCCCGGCUCGCCCCAACACCCUGGACUUGUCCAAGUCACUGAAGAAGCUGGAGGAGGUGAAGCAGAUGGGGCAGAGGUGUAACAGUGACCACGCGGCGGUGAAGGAGAACGGGGUUGGGAGCAGCCCUAUGGCUGUGGCGGUGAGCGAGGAGAGGAAGGCGCUGGAGUCCGAGCUGGGGAAGUGCAUCGAGGACUUCCGAAAGAUCAAGAUCCCUCUUGCCUUUCCCAAUAAGAAGCGGCAGUGGCAAAGCGAGCUGCUGAGGAAAUAUCAGCUGUGAGGGGUGCAGUGAGGCUCUCUGGGGGUACCCCCAGCCAGUGGGCAGCACAAGGCAUCCGCACACAUGGGGUGAGGAGUGUAGGCUGCUCCUUCAACAAGUGUUGCAAGCCUUCAGCUAGGGCAGCAUGCUCUUUACCAUGGCCAUCAGGAGGGAUGCGUGCUGUCCCAAAUGGUAUGGACAUAGGUGAAGGGACAUAAAAAAGGGAAGGGGGCCCAGGGAGAAUCACCAGGGGGAAAGCUACUGUCCAGCAGGAGCUCUCAUUGUGUGAAUGAAUUUUCCUGGUGUUUCAAGUAAUAAAAUAUAGUUGGUGUCAAAAAGGAA